AUGGACUCCUUUACCACCCCCAUUAGAACUUCAGACUUUGUUUUACCCCCGAGAGUCUUUGACCGUCCACGGAGAAAACAUUACAUCAGCGACAGUUCUGAGGAGGAGGUUGUGACCGCGGGGAGCCCUUUGGCCCAGCCAUUGUUGGAUAUGCCGGAAUCUGACCCCGAAACUCUUGUGAGACAUCCCAAAGAGCCUGAUGGCCUCUCUUUGUCCAACCCCUCAGAUCGCCACUUGGGAGAGUCACCGGUGGACAAGGCAAAUGGAAAAGAUGGCACUCAGCAGCUCAAUGAUGCCUUUCUAGAGGACCCAGAGCCCCUGGACAGCGUUGCAUCAAGCAGCGAAGAUGAACCGGGCCCACCAUGUUUUUGCUCAACACCAAUACAAAUUGUUGAAGAGGGCUCCGAGGAUGAUGGGUUUGAAGAGUUUAGGAGGAGGCUAGGCACAGAACUGUCCGAGCCAGUGCCACGUCAUGAGCGUAAAAAAGUUAUGCGGAUUAUUGUACGCGUUGCUGUUUAUGCUGUCCUUAAACACUGCCUUAGGGAAAAGCUUUUUGAAGAUUGUGAGGGCUGUGUCAUAGAUGCGCCAGCCCAACGGCACCAUGACUGUGUGACUUGGACUUCAGUGGAUAUAAACUGCAAGCUCCGGGCCCUGUGUGCUGAGCUGUGUUUGGAAAGCUUACUAAACACUGUUAUUGCCAUAGGUUAUGCUAUGCAAUGUCUGUGCCUAACCCAAGAACAUUUAGCACAAGGGGUGACUUUGAUAAAUGCUGUGCAAUUCAGUGGAGACCCUGACCGUGUUUUAAAGAAAAUGACCAAGCCGGAAGAUGCCUGCUUACAACGUUAUAUUGACUGUCUAGUUCGCACAAGAAGUUACAGAACCCUGCUUAAGAAAAAGACUAUUUGUAAGAAAUCUAAAAGGAUUAAGUUAGAGAAUGGUGAGGGUGCAAACAUGCGAUAUAAAACUUGGUAG